AUUUUUUAUAUAAAACAUUGUAAAAACUUUGUCCAGUCAAAGAAGUUGAGAAAAUAUAUAAGAUCACUUUUUUCAAUACUUUUGCUCAAGUUAUUCCACUCUACACGAUCUAUUCCUGGUAUAUAUUCACUAUUUGCACUGUCAGGUAAGUUAUAACAACCUGCCGUCAUAAGUAGCCGUCAAUGAUGAUACACUGAUUUUUUACGCAUUCUUUUUUAGGUGGACCGAGUAUUUUGUGUCGUAUUUAUGAGUGUUGCGAGUGUUCUCGCUGAUAUCGAAUACGAAAUUUUUCUCUCUCAGCACACCUCUAAAUGUUACGAAGCGUAACGGAUCUGGUAAACCUUGAGUUCGGUGUUGUCAAAAUGGUAGUAGCGACUGGCGAAAGACAAGAAGAGACAAAAGAGGAGAUAAGAGAGAUAAAAGAAAAGGUAAAAGAGGAAGCAUCGGUAGAGACGAGCACGGUGAUAGAAUGGGUUCCGCAAAUUGUAUCCAAGAAGACUGAAUCGAAGGUCAAAAGAACGGUGGAGUGCGACCACUGUCACCGCAAGUUCUUGAAGAAGAGCAACCUCGCCACGCACAUGAAGCAGCACAGGUACCAGUGUCCCGACUGUCCGAAAAGUUUUAGCCGCCGGCCUUAUCUGAUCGCCCACAUCGAGAAGCACCACAUGGAGCAGGUAUACGAGUGCAGCAAGUGCAAGUACAAAAGCAACAACAAGGGCACUCUGAAGAAUCACUACAUACGGCUGCACACGAGCAAUUUCGACUACGCGUGCCACAUAUGCGGCAAGCAGUUCAAGAUAAAAAAAACCUUGAAUCACCACGUGAAGCAGAACCACAGCGAAGUUGCUCCGCCGAUCGUGUGCGACGUGUGCGGUCACUUGUGCAAGAACCUCCACGCGCUCAAGGCGCACAUAAAGUACAAGCACGACAAGCCGGCGUUUACCUGUCGGAUAUGUCGACGGGGCAUGACCACGCAGGAGAAUCUCGACCAGCAUCUCAUGUGGCACGAGACCAAGGAGAAGGUGCUGUGUUCGUCCUGCGGCAAGAGGUUCCGCCGCCGUGAUCUCGACUCACACAUGAGAGUGCACACGGGGGUGAAGCCGUUCCCGUGUCCCGUUUGCAGCAAGACGUUUCGACGCCUAACCACGCAAGAGCAACACGUGUUGAUCCACACCGGAAAGAGGCCCUACAUCUGCGAUAUUUGCGGCAAAGCGUUCGCCCAAAAACCCGGUUUGAUAUGUCACCGAAAGAGACAUCCGGGCCCGCUGCCCCCCUUACCUGUAAUUUCCAUCAAGAACAUUGUCACGGAGUUUACGAAGGAGUACGUGACGAAAAAGGCGGAUAUCAAGACCGAAUGAAUAAUUCGACACACAUAGCAUAAUAUAUUUUUUUAAUCUCUUGCUGCGAAGUGAUUCUGAUUGUCAGUGUUUUAUCAUUCCUCUGACGGCCGGAAAUUAUGCUUUGCAUUUUUUAUAUGGGCGUUUGCUGCUAUCAACUAUUUAAUUAAUGUUCGAAUUCGUCUCGUUCAAAUCUCUGUGGAAGAUUCAAGUGAAGGGAUAUCGAAGAGAUAUGUGUGGCAAUAAAUUUAAUAAAACACGAA